AUGAGGGUGCUUGUGCUAGCCUUCACUGUGGCCCUUGCGGCGGGUAACCAGGUCAAUUUUGCUCCAGAGUUUGCCACUGGAAAGUCGUACGUCUACAAAUAUGAGGCCUUUAUUAUGGGCGGCCUUCCUGAGGAGGGUCUGGCACGCGCCGGAGUGAAAGUCAUCAGCAAAGUUUUAAUUAGUGCCGCAGCUGCCGACACCUUUGUGCUGAAGCUUAUAGACCCGGAAAUCUUUGAGUACAGUAACAUCUGGCCCGAAGAUGCUUUCAUCCCAGCCACCAAGCUCACCUCAGCCCUGGCUGCUCAGCUCUCGACACCCAUCAAGUUUGAGUAUGCGAACGGUGUUGUCGGCAAAGUGUUUGCACCCGCUGGCAUCUCUGAAACUGUGCUGAAUGUCUUCAGAGGAAUCCUCAACAUCUUCCAGCUGAAUAUCAAGAAGACUCAGAACGUCUAUGAGCUGCAAGAGCCUGGAGUACAAGGUGUGUGCAAAACCCACUACAUCAUCAGUGAGGACGUAAAGGCUGACCGCAUCCUGUUGACCAAGACUAAGGACCUGAACCAUUGCCAGGAGAGAAUCAUUAAGGACAUCGGCUUGGCUUACACAGAGAGAUGUGCUGAGUGUGAGGCUAGAGGAAAGACCCUGAACGGAGCUACUGCUUUUAGCUACAUCAUGAAGCCAGCAGCCACAGGUUCUUUGAUCUUGGAGGCAACUGCUACAGAGCUCAUCCAGUUCUCACCUUUCAACAUCAUGAAUGGCGCUGCCCAGAUGGAGGCUAAGCAAAUCCUGACCUUCAUUGAGAUUGCGACGGACGCAGUGGAGCACAUCAGAGCUAAUGUUCCAUAUGUUCACCGUGGAUCCCUGCAGUACGUGUUUGACACCGAGCUUCUCCAGAUACCCAUCCAGCUUCUGAGGAUCAGCAAUGCCGAGGAACAGAUUGUUGAGAUUCUAAACCACCUGGUGACUUCUAAUGUGGACAUGGUCCACGAAGAUGCCCCUCUGAAAUUCAUUGAGCUCAUCCAGCUGCUACGUGUGGCCAGAUUUGAGAGUAUUGAGGCCCUCUGGACUCGGUUCAAAGCUAAAGCCGAAUACAGGCACUGGAUCCUAAAUGCUGUCCCUGCCAUUGGUACUAUUGCUGCUUUGAAGUUCUUCAAGGAGAAGUUCCUCGCUGGGGAGUUGACUAUUGCCGAAGCUGCUCAAGCACUUCUGGCAUCUGUCCAAAUGGUGACAGCCGACCGGGAGGUCAUCAAGCUUGCCGAGGACCUGGCCAUGAACCCCAAGAUACAAAAAAACCCAGUUCUGCGUGAGAUUGCCAUGCUGGGCUACGGCACCCUGGUUGCUAAAUACUGUGCAGAGAACCCAACUUGCCCAGCUGAACUAGUGAGGCCCAUCCAUGAACUUCUUAUCCAGGCUGUUGCCAGAGGUGAAAUUGAGGAGGUCAUUAUCACUCUCAAAGUCCUGGGUAAUGCUGGACAUCCUGCCAGCCUGAAGCCAAUCAUGAAGCUCCUGCCUGGCUUUGGAAGUGCUGCUGCUGGCCUGCCACACAGAGUUCACAUUGAUGCUGUUUUGGCCCUGAGGAACAUUGCUAAGAAGGAGCCCAAGAUGAUCCAGGAAAUGGCUCUUCAGCUGUUCAUGGACAAGGCUCUCCACCCAGAGCUACGAAUGGUUGCUGCUAUCGUAAUGUUUGAGACCAAGCUGCCAAUGGGUCUGGUGACUACUCUCGCCAAUGUCCUCUUGAAAGAAAAUAAUCUGCAGAUCGUUAGCUUUGUCUACUCCUACAUGAAAGCCAUGACCAAGAACACCGCUCCUGAUUUUGCCUCUGUUGCUGCUGCCUGUAACGUUGCUGUGAAGAUCCUUAACCCCAAAUUCGACAGAAUGAGCUAUCGCUUCAGCAGAGCUUUCUAUUUAGAUACCUACCACAACCCCUUGAUGAUGGGUGCUGCUGCUAGCGCCUUCUAUGUUAACAAUGCUGCAACUCUUUUUCCAAGAGCCAUUGUGGCCAAAGCUCGCACCUACUUUGCAGGAGCUUAUGCUGAUGUCCUUGAGCUUGGAGUAAGAACUGAGGGAAUGCAGGAGGCCCUUCUGAAAAUACAAAAGUCUCCAGAGAAUGCUGACAGGAUGACGAAGAUGAAACAAGUUAUAAAGGCUCUUUCUGAGUGGAGGGCUCAUCCUUCCAGCCAGCCCCUGGCCUCUGUGUAUGUGAAAUUCUUUGGACAGGAAAUCGCAUUUGCCAACAUUGACAAAGCCAUUAUUGAUCAGAUUAUUGAGCUUGCCAGUGGACCAGCAAUCCACACUUAUGGCAGGAAUGCUUUGAAUGCUGUGAUGUCUGGGUUCGCAUUUCAUUUCACAAAACCACUGCUGGUUGCUGAGGUUCGUCGCAUCUUUCCCACCACCAUUGGUCUGCCCAUGGAGCUCAGUUUCUAUACUGCUGCUGUGGCUGCUGCCUCUGUUGAACUCCAAGCCACUGUGACACCACCUCUGCCUGCGGACUUCCAUGUUGCCCAGCUUCUGAACUCUGACAUCAACAUCAGGGCUGCCAUUACUUCAAGUGUGUCCAUGCAUACCUACGCAGUUAUGGGAGUGAAUACUGCUUUCGUCCAGGCUACCCUGAUGUCAAGAGCCAGAGUUCACACAAUUGUUCCUGCAAAGAUGGAAGCAAGAAUUAACAUGAUUAAAGGGAACUUCCAGCUGCAGUUCCUGCCUGUUCAGGGCAUCGAUAAGAUUGCAACAGUAUUUGUUGAUACUUUCGCUGUUGCAAGAAAUGUGGAAGACCUUGCAGCUGCCAAAAUCACACCAGUGGUUCCAGCUGAAGUUGCAGCACAGACAUCAAGGGAAACCUUUUCUUCAAAGAUUUCAAGGAUAGCAUCCUCUCUGGCUGGUGAUAUGUCAGUGUCAUCUGAAAUCCUUCCUGUUGACCUGCCAAGUAGAAUUGUCCCCAAGGCCUUUGAAAAGAGAAUGUGUGCUGUAAUCAAAACCUUUGGAAUCAAGGCCUGCACUGAGAUUGAAUCUCGCAACGCAGCCUUCAUCAAAAACUGCCCACUCUACACCAUAAUUGGAAAACAUGCGGUCAUUGUUGAGGUUGCUCCAGCUGCCGGACCAGUCAUCGAGAAGAUUGAAAUAGAGGUUCAGGUUGGAGAUAGGGCAGCAGAAAAGAUCCUCAAAGUGAUUAACCAGAGCGAGGAAGAGGAAAUAAUUGAGGACAAAAACGUCCUGAUGAAACUCAAGAAAAUCCUGGUUCCUGGUCUGAAGAACAGCACAGCAGCGUCCUCCAGCUCCAGCAGCUCCUCCUCCGCAUCAUCCAAGUCCUCCUCCAGCUCCUCCUCCAGCUCCUCCUCCAGCUCCUCCUCCAGAUCCUCCUCCAGCUCCUCCUCUCGCUCCAAGAGCAAGGUAGUCGGCAAGGCAUCAAAGAGACUGAGCAGCUCCUCCAGCGCACGCUCCAGCAGUGCUUCAAGCAGCCAGUCUUCUCUCGUGUCCAGCAGCUCCAGCUCCAGCUCCAGCUCCAGCUCCUCCAGGUCCAGAUCAUUGUCCAAGCAACAACUGUAUGAAAUGAAGUUUAUGAAGAACCACAUCCACCAGCAUGCCCUCUCCACAGCCCGUGCCAACAGCAAGAGCAGUGCCUACAGCUUCGAGACCAUCUACAAUAAGGCCAAGUACCUCUCUAAUGCUCUCGAUCCUGUUGUGACUAUUCUCAUCCGUGCUGUGAGAGCUGACCACAAGGUUCAGGGAUACCAGAUUACAGCUUACUUUGACAGAGCUACUGCCAGACUUCAGAUCAUUUUUGCCAACCUGGAUGAGAAUGACAACUGGAGAAUCUGUGCCGAUGGUGUGAUGCUGAGCAACCACAAGCUGAUGGCCAAGAUUGCCUGGGGCAUUGAGUGCAAACAAUACAAGACUGAGAUCACGGCUGAGACUGGUCUUGUGGGUAAAGACCCUGCAGUCGGUGUUAAGGUUGCCUGGGACAAACUUCCAAAGAGCAUGAUGCGCUAUGCAAAAAGGAUCUCUCAGUACAUUUCCUGCAACGCUGAGGAAUAUGGAGUAAGCCUGUCGAAGGCAAAAAAUGUUCGUAAUCAGAUCAGACUGUCUGUGGCUGCUGCUUCUGAGACAAGCCUGAAUGUUGUGCUGAAGACACCAAAGAGGACAUUAUACAUAUUUGGUGUGCAUCUCCCUAUUGCUCUGCCAAUUGGUGACACUGCUGCUGAGCUAGAAUCCUACCAAAGCAACUGGGCUGACAAGAUCUCCUACAUGCUCACCAAGGCUCAUGCAGCUGAGUGUUCCAUGGUCAAAGACACAGUGAUCACAUUCAACAACAGGAAAUACAAGAACGAGAUGCCCCACUCUUGCUCCCAGGUGUUGGCUCAGGAUUGUACCCCGGAACUUAAAUUCAUUGUUCUGCUGAAGAGGGAUCAACCAGAGGAACAGAACCAGAUCAAUGUGAAGAUUGGAAACAUUGAUGUGGACCUGCGUCCGAAGGGCCGUGUUAUCAUAGUGAAGGUUAAUGGAGUAGAAAUCCCUAUCAGCAACCUGCCAUAUCAGCAUCCCACAGGCAAAAUUCAGAUCAGACAGAAAGGUGAGGGUAUUGCGCUCCAUGCUCCCAGCCAUGGUCUCCAGGAGGUCUACAUUGAUCUGAACGAGCUGAAGGUCAAAGUUGUGGACUGGAUGAGAGGACAGACAUGUGGACUCUGUGGAAAGGCUGACGGAGAAAUCAGACAGGAGUACCGCACACCCAACGAACGCCUGACCAAGAACGCAGUCAGCUACGCUCAUUCCUGGGUUCUGUCUGGAAAGAGCUGCCGGGAUGCCUCUGAGUGUUACAUGAAGCUUGAAUCUGUGAAGCUGGAGAAGCAAGUGAUCCUCCAUGGCCAAGAGUCCAAAUGCUACUCUGUUGAGCCCGUGCUGCGCUGCCUGGCUGGCUGCAUGCCUGUGAGGACGACGACUGCCACUGUUGGCUACCACUGCCUGCCCACUAAUUCUAACCUGAACGUCUCUGAGGGUCUGAGCAGCAUCUAUGAGAAGAGCAUUGACCUGAUUGAAACAGCAGAAGCCCACUUGGCAUGUCGCUGCGUUGCUCAGUGCUCUUAA